AGCUGCGUUUCGCUUCUUACCUGCGCGUAAAGGGAGACUGAGCACCGUCCCGCAGUCACGGUUACCGGCGUGAUAUUUCAAAGGUUAUGGUGCUCAUCUGCAAGGUAACUUAAACCUGCCCUGAAAUGUCCACACAUAACCAUCUCCAGACUGUCCCUGUCCGUUUAUUUGUAUUUAGGCAACCAUUAAAUAAAAAGAAAGAAUGUACCAGGAUAAUGACGCACAAGCUUAAUACGUCUUUUUUUUUCUUUUUUUUUUUUUUAAAUUCCAUAGAAUAUAUUGUUAGCUUGACCCAUUUACAUUUUGGGUUUUGGUAAAUUGUUUUGUAUGAAAACGUGUGUUGAAAUUCAAAUUCAUUUAUGAGAUUUAAUUUGAAUAUAGCGACGUGGUGUUCUAAGAUUUACACACAUUUAUACAAUGAUUAUUGAAUGUUUAAAAGACUGUUAUAAGGCUAUUUCUGGUUUAGCUAUUAUUCUCAUCGUUCAUGUUUGUUAAGCAGGUUACAAUUCACUUUUCUUUUGUUAAAGGUCAUUAUUAUUAUUAUUAUUAUUAUUAUUAUUAUUAUCCCCGUAAUGGUGAAUGGGUAUUAGGUUUAUUUGCUCGUAACCGAGCCUGAUAUUUGAAUAAUUAGCCAGAGCAAUAAUGAAAUCACUCUACUUUGCAGGACUUCUUGGCAAGAACGCACACAUCGUCUUUACUAAUUGAGUCGAGGGAACGGUGGUGGUAUUCUUGUAAUGAGCUCACACUCUCCUUUUUUCAGAGAUGGAGGCGCGUGGAGCACGUGGUUCGUCCUAAGUAGGAGUGGGGUGUCAGAUGUAUAAACAUCUCUCGCCAUCUCCUUUCUCUUUAAACUUCGCCAUCACCGCGGGGGGAAACUCCUCCUAUCCUCCUAUUCUUGCGUCCAAUUAAUUAUUAGGGUCUGGCCCUUUAAGACAGACCAGAGGGUCAGCAAGUGGCGUAGAGUUUCUCUAAUUGAACUUCGCCCAAUCAACAACAACUCGUUAGCGGUCGCUUGAUCUCUCCUGUUUUUUUGCGCUUGGGCUUAUUUUUUGUGUAUGUAGCGACUUGGCCCCCGUGGCCAGUGUCAUUUUCUUUCCCCAAACAAAUUCAUGGGGCUCCACGGAAGAAGUGGGAUUGCUACAAGCGGACUGGGGCUCGGGUGCCUGUGAGAGCGCAGCGCACUACUGAAGCAAUGGUGUUUUCGGACGAACCCCUCAGACCGAAGAUUGCCAGCGGUUCCGUUUAAAAAGACAACGAUACGAACUGAGAGAGAGAGAGAGAGCGAGAGAGAGAGAGAGAGUUGUUUUUAUGCAGAAGGAAGCGAUCGCGGCUGUUGCUCGAAAUAGAAAACUUUGGUAACACUUUCUCAUAGGACUGUCAUGACCUCCAGUAAAGACAUGAAGGCAGGCUCGGUGUUGCAAUCGGGCAGCGAGGAGAGGAGACGGGGUCCUUUAGAUCAGCUGCCACCCCCCGCUAACUCCAACAAGCCUCUAACUCCGUUCAGCAUUGAGGAUAUCUUAAACAAACCGUCCGUGAAGAAGUCGGUGACGAGUCUGUGUCCGCCGCGCGUGCUCGAGAAGGUAGCGGGAGCGAAUGCAGUGCGGAACGGCCUCAGCACUCCCUCUUCCCCCUUAUGCGCUCUGGAGGAGCUAGCAAGCAAAACUUUUAAAGGACUUGAAGUCAACGUUAUACAAGCCGCAGAAGGACGUGAACAGCUGAACGCGUUCGGCCAGCGGCAGGUGUCGAAAAAGCGGCGGAAGUCGCGCACAGCCUUCACCAACCACCAGAUCUACGAGUUAGAGAAGCGCUUCCUGUACCAAAAGUACCUCUCGCCGGCUGACCGCGAUCAGAUCGCACAGCAGCUUGGCCUCACCAACGCACAGGUCAUCACCUGGUUCCAGAACCGACGAGCUAAGCUCAAGAGAGACCUGGAGGAGAUGAAGGCGGAUGUCGAGUCGCUGAAGAAGAUCCCCCCACAGGCGCUGCAAAAACUCGUGUCUAUGGAGGACAUGGACGAUGCGCACGGAGGCUCGGCUCCGAUCUCACCGAGCGCGUCGCCGACAGCACACGGCCUCAGAGUCUUCCCUCAGUCGCCGCCUUCAUCUCGAGGCCAAACCACAGACGAGUUCUCCGAAGAGGACGAAGAGAUCGAGGUGGACGAUUGAGACCUGGCCCAGUCAUUUUCCGUACCGGGCGUCUCUCUUUUUCUGUGCUGAUGAAUUUGAAAUGUCCUCAUUGCUCUCUGCAGCAGCAGAACAGUCGUUUUUAUCCACACAACUUUUGCACGAAUGCUGAACUCUGCGGAAGAACUUAAAAUUGAAAGGAUGUUUUUUUUCCCUCCCCUUUCUCUCUUAUGUUUUAAUUUAUUGCAAGGAUUGUGAAAGCCUCCACGACUGACGACGAGCUGAAAAGGAGUACAUUUCAUUCAGUAGGAUCUGAGAAUUGAUUAGUGAUUGUGGUACAAGAUCACGAAUGCAACAUGUUGUAUGUACUUUUUUUUUUUUUUAAAAAAAGGGUUUAUUUUAUGCCACAUAAUAUGAGGGGAAACUUGUGCAAUUGUUUCGUUACGCAGUUCGUCAGUAUCACACCAACUACAUUACUGUUAUAGCUGCUAAUGAUGCGCAUCUGCCAAAUGUGAUUUUUUUUCCCAAUGAAUUUCUCAAGUAUAUAGGUCAUAUUUAUAUUUAUACAAUGUCAAGAAAGAUGUCAGUUGAGUCAUAGGAAUAGUAUUUGCCACUUCGCUGAAAAUUAAUAUUCUCAGUUACAAUUGCUGAAACAUUUUCUCCCGUAUUAGUGAUAUAUUUGUAAUUCUGGUCCUUAACUCUGGAUGAAAAGCCACUCUUAAGUCUAAAAACUUUUGAAAAGAACUUAAUAGCCAAAUGAUCCAAAUAACAAGGGGGGUUGUGUGUAUAAAUCAACUUAUGAUGCAUUUACGCGAUAAAGUUAUUGUAACAUUCUAUUUAAUCACCAUUUAUGUAAAUAAAGGUUAUAUGAUAUUUCAGAUUGUUUCUUGAAGUUUGAAGUGAUAAUAUGAGCAUCAGAGUGCAAUCUUGAAUCAUGAACAAUUUUUUUUUUUUCCGUAUGUGUAUUUAUUUUUUUUAAAUCCUGAUUUAGCCUACAGAUAGGAUAAUUGAUCGAGUUAUGUGAGUGAAAAUGUAGGAUUAACAUUAACACACCACAGGAUUUUUAACCAAGCAGUCACUAUAUUUUAACAGAUCACGUUCUGGUGGUUGCACAUUAUCUGUGUUAAGUGGUUAAGUGGCUGGAGUUCAAUUAGGGACAAUUGAACAAGCCCCCCCCAUCAACACACUCAUAUGCUCUCUAGAAAAGCAAA